UAAACUAUUUGUAUUAGUACAAGGAAACGUGGAAACUUUCUCCGUCUCUGAUAGCCUCAAAAAUUCCCCCUUUCUACAGAGACCUGGUUUUGUUUUCAGUGGCAGGAAGUGCAGAUUAUGCCACAUAAAUACAAAUGAUUGCACAUAAAAUUCUCUCAUAUUUGAAGUGAAAUCUUUAGCAAUUUCAUUAAUGGGGCAACAACAAUCGAAAGAUGAGUUACUGUAUCAACAAGUCAUUCAAGGAAAUGUUGAAUCUAUCAAAGCUAUUCACAAUGAUGGUGCAAGUCUUGAGUGGAUCGACAAAGAAGGAAAGACACCAUUGAUUAUAGCGUGCAGGAAGCCAAAUGGCUUGAAUGUUGCAAAAACUUUGCUUGAGCUCGGUGCUAAUGUCAAUGCUUACCGGCCAGGAUAUCAUGCUGGGACUGCGCUACAUCAUGCAGCUAAGAGAGGUCUGGAUGAUACUGUGCAAUUGCUUCUUUCCUAUGGAGCAAACCCGUUGAUCAAGAACGAUGCUUGCCAAACUCCACUUGAAGUUGCUCGAGCAAAGGGUUUUAGCGAUGUCGUCCGUACUAUUGAGAGACAAAUCUGCAUUUUCUCGGGCUGGAUGAGGGAGUUCUAUGGUCCAGGGUUUCUUGAAGCUUUAGCUCCUCAAUUUUUAUCUAGGAAGAUUUGGGUUGUACUCAUACCUUGUGGUAUAGCUGAUCCUACGAAGCCUCUUAAAUUAGAGCUGGCGAUUUACUCAUCGUUACAGGAUGCCCAGCCUCGUAAUGUUAUCGUCUUAUGGAAGGCUAUUGUUGAAGAGAUAAGGUGGCAACGAUCAGAUCCUGUGCUGAUAAUUUUUGACAAGACCAGUAAUGCUCGAUAUAAGUUUACAUCAGUGAGCGACUCUGAGCAACAACAGCUUCAAUUGUUGCACAGAGCAUGUAUUGCUGCAAUUGAGGUCCUGCCUUCCCGCUUACCACAAAAUACCCAAACCGCAGUGACACAAUCUGAAACUGCUGCACAAGCAAAGGAACUAGCAAUUGGAAUCAAUGCAUCCAUUGAUUCUGCUAAAGAAAACAAGAUUUUACAUCAUGAUGGACAGAGCUCCGGAGUAAAAAAUGAAAAUGACUGGUGUAACAACACCGAUGAUUCUGCUCACAGCGGAUGGGGUUCACUUGUCAGAUCCGAGCCUAGAUCUGAAAUUACAAACCAUGAUUGGACAGAUGACCGAACUAAGGUCCAAGAAAAUGGAUGGGGAAAUACCGCAGAUGUAUCCAGUCAACGACGACAACAAUCACUUUCUAAAUCCACAUCCUCUGAACUAAGCUGCAGCGGAUGGAUCGACGAGCCUGCUGUAGAAGAGUACAAUGGAUGGGACGUGCCCGAGCCUCGGCAGGGACGUAGAGAUGCCUCAGCUGAAGUUCAUUAUCAAGGAUGGGAAAACACUACAAAGGACAAAACAGAAUCCUCGGGCCAUGCACCUGAAUUUAGGCCUUUUGUCUAUCCAGUUGAAAACGCUGAAACUCGAAAUCAGGGCAACGAUCCUGCUUUUGAUUUUGCUGCUCCUUCAGCUCCACCAGUGCCGGAAGAGGUUGAAGGCUUUCAUUAUCCGGUUAUAGAUCUUAGCCCAUUGCACCUGUCGAAUCCUCCUGUGGAGCAAAAAACAGCUUUUGUUACGACUCAAAAGGAAAACGCACAUGAGCCUGCACUGUGUAUAAUAUGUUGGGAAGCUUCUGUUGAAGGAGCCUGUGUACCUUGUGGUCACAUGGUUGGCUGUAUGCAGUGUUUGAACCAGAUCAAAUCCAAGAAAGGGGAAUGCCCCGUUUGUAGAGUAAAAAUCGACAUGGUUAUAAAGCUCUACUCUGUUUGAGAGGUAAAUAUAUCGUUUACAUUCCUUAUUAUCAUGUCGUUCUUCUAGAAUAUCGAACCUAGAUAUCAUAAUAAACUACAUUCGUGGGCAACGUAAUCUUAUGUCACUUCAAAUUCAUUCUUAUGGUCCGUCUUAAUUACUCAUUUUUAUGUUAUAAUACUUGCACUUUA